CCGAGCCGGAGCUGCGGAUGCGGGGCCUGGCGGGGGCCUGGCGAGCCGGCAGCAGCACGGGACCGAAGCACACGGCCAGAUUGUGAGCUUCAUGAGGGCAGUGACCUUGCCUUUCUUGUAUACCAUUGUAUUCCAGCACCCAGCACAGAAUGUGGCUCAUAGAGCCCCCGCAGGAUCCCACAUUACAUGUCUUGUGUCUCCUGAGGCUCCUCUUUGCUGUGACAAUUUCUCAGACUUUCCCUGUUUUUGAUGACUUGACAGUUUUGAGAGCCCUGGUCUGGUAUAUUGUUGAAUGCCCCUCUAUUGGAAUUUGUCUGACUUUUAAAAAAUCGUGAUUUGACUGGAGUUGUGGGUUUUGGAGAUCUUCCCUAAUUUUUAAGAGUGUAAAGGGGUUCCAAGACCCAACAAUUUGAGAACUGCUGCUAUUUUAUUUACUUAUUAUUUUGUGAAAUAGAGCGAGAAGACCUCUGUCUUCUUCUCUGAUCAGUCUCCAGCCUCUACUACAGCCUGGCGCACAGCAGAUGCAUAAUAAAUAUUUGUGGAGCGAGCGGCUGCAAGAACCAGGAGCUCAAAGGUAGCUGUAGGUUCGGAGAAGGAGGCGGAAUCAUCCGUGCACAGCCGGUAGACGAUGAGCAGCCACGGCAACAGCCUGUUUCUGCAGGAGAGUGGCCAGCGGCUGGGCCAGGUGGGCUGGCUGCAGCGGCUGCAGGAGAGCCUGCAGCAGAGAGCACUGCGCACACGCUUGCGCCUGCAGACCAUGACGCGCGAGCACGUGCUGCGCUUCCUGCGCCAGAACGCCUUCAUCCUGCUGACCAUCAGCGCUGUGAUCCUGGGGGUCAGCCUGGCCUUUGCCCUGCGCCCAUACCAGCUCACCUACCGCCAGAUCAAGUACUUCUCUUUCCCUGGAGAGCUUCUCAUGAGGAUGCUGCAGAUGCUGGUGCUGCCACUCAUCGUCUCCAGCCUGGUCACAGGUAUGGCAUCCCUGGAUAACAAGGCGACAGGGCGGAUGGGGAUGCGGGCAGCUGUAUACUACAUGGUGACCACGGUCAUUGCGGUCUUCAUCGGCAUCCUCAUGGUCACCAUCAUCCAUCCUGGAAAGGGCUCCAAGGAGGGGCUGCACCGCGAGGGUCGAAUUGAGACCAUCCCUACGGCUGAUGCCUUCAUGGACCUGGUCAGAAAUAUGUUUCCGCCCAACCUUGUGGAGGCCUGCUUCAAACAGUUCAAGACGCAGUACAGCACGAGGCUGGUAACCAGGACCAUUGUGAGGACAGAGAACGGAUCUGAGCCAGGCACCUCCAUUCCUCCUCCAUCCUCAAUGGAGAAUGGAACCAGCCUCCUAGAAAAUGUCACACGGGCCUUGGGCACCCUGCAGGAGGUGCUGAGCUUUGAGGAGACUGUGCCUGUACCUGGCUCGGCCAAUGGCAUCAAUGCCCUGGGUCUUGUGGUCUUCUCUGUGGCCUUUGGGCUGGUCAUCGGUGGCAUGAAACACAAGGGCCGAGUCCUGCGAGACUUUUUUGACAGCCUCAAUGAGGCUAUAAUGAGACUGGUGGGCAUCAUUAUCUGGUAUGCACCUGUGGGCAUCCUGUUCCUGAUUGCUGGGAAGAUCCUAGAGAUGGAAGACAUGGCCGUCCUGGGGGGUCAGCUGGGCAUGUACACCUUGACCGUCAUCGUGGGCUUGUUCCUCCAUGCUGGCGGUGUCCUGCCCCUCAUCUACUUCCUCAUCACCCACCGGAACCCCUUCCCCUUCAUCGGGGGUGUGCUGCAGGCCCUCAUCACUGCCAUGGGCACGUCUUCCAGCUCUGCGACACUGCCUAUCACCUUCCGCUGUCUGGAGGAGGGCCUGGGUGUGGACCGCCGCAUCACCAGGUUUGUGCUGCCCGUGGGGGCCACCGUCAACAUGGAUGGCACCGCCCUCUAUGAGGCCCUGGCCGCUAUCUUCAUUGCACAAGUCAACAACUAUGAGCUCAACCUGGGCCAGAUCACAACUAUCAGUAUCACGGCUACAGCAGCCAGUGUUGGGGCUGCUGGCAUCCCCCAGGCAGGUCUGGUCACCAUGGUCAUUGUGCUCACAUCGGUUGGCCUGCCCACGGAAGACAUCACGCUGAUCAUAGCUGUAGACUGGUUCCUUGACCGACUUCGCACGAUGACCAAUGUGCUGGGGGACUCGAUUGGAGCAGCUGUCAUCGAGCAUUUGUCUCAGCGGGAGCUGGAGCUGCAAGAAGCUGAGCUCACCCUCCCCAGCUUGGGGAAACCCUAUAAGUCACUCAUGGCACAAGAGAAGGGGGCGUCCAGGGGACGGAGAGGCAACGAGAGUGCCAUGUGAGGGGUCCCCAGCUCUGCUGCCCAGAGAGGAGGAAAGGGGUCUGGGGAGGGAGGUCCUGGGGAAGAUCCACUGCCUGAAUAACCGUGCACUGAACACCCAUGUCCUGUCUGGCAUGUUUGGGGGAGACUGAGAUAAAGGAGCGGGAAUGAAAGGUAUCCAAGGUUUCCGUUUCUCUCUGAGCAUAUGCUGAGAACUUGAGGGAGGGUGGUGAGCAAGGCAGGGAGGAAAUGUUUCUCCCGGGAUUGGGGAUACAGGAAACUUCAGGUUCAACAAAGUGAAGGAUCAGCUCAUGUUCCUAAUUUUCUCAAGGAGUGAUGGAACUGAAGAAGGUAAAGGAAAACCACUGUUUCUCAUAAUAAAACAAUAUCCAUGACAUCUGUAUCGGGGGUCCUCAAGACCACCUUUGGGUUCAGUGAUUUGCUAGAAGGACUCAUAGAGCUCAGAAAAGCUGUGGUGCUCCUGUUUAUGGUUUAUUGCUGUGAAAGGACAUACAUUGAAAUCAGCAAAGGCAAAAGCUGCAUGGGGCAGGGUCCAGGAGACACCAGAUGUGAGCUUCUAGUUGUCCCCUUUUAGUGGAAUCGCAUAGACAGCACUUAAUUCUCCCAACAAUGAUAUGUGACAGCACAUAUGAAGUAUUGCCAGCCAGGUAAGUUCUCCCGAGCCUUGGUGUCCAGGGUUUUUCUUGGAGGUCCGAUCAUGUAGGGAUGGAGCACUUGCUGACCUGAACUACUCAUUCUUCAGUCCCCCCAGAGGUCAAAAUAAUACAGCAUUUCCCAGGGCCCCAGGUGAAUAAAAACAGGCGUUCACCAUAAAUUACAACUGUCAGCACAGACUAUCUGGUGUGGCUAAAGGCCCCGGGUAUACAAAGACACUUUUAUCAGCCAGGACAUUCCAAGGGCUCAGAGGUCACUUCCAGGAGCCAGUCAAGGGCCAGUCUUUUCUUUGGUGUGUGUAGGCUUUGAGUGUCCCUAACCCUCUGAGUUAACCCUUUACUGCAUACACCCCACCGUUGGGAACAGAGGAAGCAGCUUCUUCUGGGGAUGAGUAGCUGGGUCUUGUGGUCUCAACUCUUGACUCCUGAGACCGAUUGGCCCAGACAAUCCCAUGCUGGCCCUAGGGGUUCUGUAUCUCCUAACGACACAAGGGUGGAUGUUGGCCUCUUAGCAUUAUUUUCCUGCAACCUGAUGGACCAGGUGUGACAUUGAAUGAGACCUUGCUAAAGGCUUGGGGAAAACACAAAUAGAGAGUAACAUGAUUCGGGGUGUAACUCAACUCUACGACUCCUUUUGUCCAGGAAACAUGACAUUAAUAUUUUCUAAAUCAAAUUAAGCUUCACUUGAGCAUUUACCUCUCCCAAAUUGGGGAGAGAAAUUCAAGCACAGGUAUGUUUUGAGAUGUUCCCUCCCCCAUUCUUUAGGAUCCUAAGAGAACCCUUGGACAUAAGGAAUUGAGAGAACGUGGGAGAAGGGUUCCAGAAUUCUUUAAUCUUUUUGUGGUCACCAUGGAGAUAUAUAUGGUUAUAGAGUGGAAACAGUCUAUGCAAAGGCAAGAGACUCCUCCACUUAUAAAACACGCUGCUCCACAUUUGACCACAGGGCACUUCACCUGGGAUCCCAGUCUCAAACCGGAAUUUCAGCCUCCAGUCCUACACCAGCCCAUGGUCAGUGGUCUGUGUUCCCCAGAGGGCUCCUUGUGGGAGCAGGGGAUAUUAGUUUUCUAGGGCUGCCGUGACAAAGUACCACAGACUGGAUAGCUUAAACAACAGAAAUUUAUUUUCUCAUAGUUUUGGAGGCUAGAAGUCUGAGAUCAAAGUGUCAGCAGGGAUGGCUUCUCCUGAGGCCUCUCUCCUUGGCUUGUAGCUGGCCAUUUUAUCCCUAUGUCUUCAUAUUGUCUUCCCUCUAUGUGUGUGUGUGUCUUAAUCUCCCUUUUUAAUAUGGAUACCAGUCAGAUUGGAGUAGAGACCAGCCGAAUGAACUCAUUGUAGCUUAAUUAAUUAAAUGUAAUUAAAUCUGCAAAGGCAGUUUUUCUAAAUAAGGUGACAUUCACAGGUUCUGGGUGGGCAAAUCUUUUGUGGGGCUGCCAACGAAGCCAGUGAGGCCCAGGAAAUGUAGCUCAGCCUACCUAAGACAGAGUUCAGUGGCCCAGGAAGUGGAGUUGUGAGUCAGGCAAAGAAAGGCAACCAUAAAGGAUGUGUUUAUCAAGUCAGUUACCAAUGUGGUCACCUAGGGCUCCUGCUGAGGAGUACUGGGAGCCAGUGUAAUAUACAUGCCUCAGAGUUACCUCACCCAAGGAUUGAUACACCAACUCCUAUCAGUCUUUGGUUAAGGAGUGAUUCCUGAGGCAUUAAUUCUCUAUGCACAUAGGCAGAGCAGACUUCUGCCACCAAAGAAAUCGCUCUUCAGGCAAAGGAUGCAGAUACAAAAAUUUGAAGCCAGACAGGAUUGCAUUAAAAUGGUAAAUGAUGAUGAGAUAUCGUCUAUAUUAUGCUUCUUCAUUCUACCUUCCUGGGAUGCAGUUGCAAUGGCUGGAAGGGCAGAAGGUAUUUUGUGACCAUGAGGGUGAGACUCCCAUGCUAAGGAUGGUAGAGCAGAAAAGUGGAAGGAUCCUGAGUACUUGAAGGCCAGCCUUGAAAUGCUUAUCUCUUGAAUUUGUGUUUCAAGAGGAAAGAAAAAACCUUUGGUUAAGCCAUUACAGUGUGGUUUCUGCCAUAUGUAGCCAAUUGCAAUUUUUAACUGGUAUAGAAGAAAUUUGCUAGCAACAUACACGAUGCCCUUGACGGGACAUCCCUGAAGAAUAUUAUACAGAAAAGGCAGCAUCCUUCUAAGGCCAUGCUCUCUGAUAGAGCCUUCUGCAGUGAUGGAAAUGUUCUCUAUCUGCAUUGUCCAGUGUAGUGGCCACUAACCACACAUGGCUGAUCAAUCACUUGAUACAUAGCUGGUGUGACUGAGGGACUGAAUUUUUUAAAAUUUUAUUUAUUUCUAAUUAUUUUAAACAGGCACGUGUGGCCAGUGGCUACCACAUUGUAUUGGAUAGGACAGUUCUAAGGUUACACUCUUGGGGGCAAUGGUGUUAUUUUAGUAGAGUUAGGAGUGGGAAGGGCAUAGCUCUGAUCCCUAUGAAGGAUCAAGGUGGUCAGCACCCCUGUCCCAGAGGGUAGGGCUCGCGUUUCUUCAUUUGACCUCAUGUCUGUGACCGAAGUGAAACCAAGAGUUUCCUCUAAGGCAUAGGCAUUUCUGGCCAAGACUCCAAAGCUUCUGCCCCUCCACGACCCCUUCAGGAUUCACAUUCAGCUUAGAGCAGCUGAGGUCAUAAAGUGACAAAGCUCAAGCCCAGAUUUAUACAUAACUCAGGACAGUGGCUCCCUGCCUUGCAGAUAGUGGACAAAGUCAAAAUUUCUGCUGAUCUAGGUCCUUGGGUCCGUAAGUGGCUGGCUUUCUUUGCAUCUACUGAGAUUUUGGGAGCUCAAAUUCUUGAACACUCAAAGACGAUAAAAGUCAGUUGUUUUCUUCUCCCCUUUUCUGUUCAUUUAGAGAGGCUGAGGGGCAGUUCUCCAGCCACAUUCACAAGCAAAUAA